UUUUCUGUUCUCGAGUUGGUUUGUAGUUAUUAAUUCGGCUCGCGUUAACACAAAUUUCAACCGCAUAUGUUGUGAGAAACCCAAAUUAAAAAGAAGAAAAAAAAAAAAAUAAUUGAAAGAAAACAAAGUCAAUGUGCUAAAUAACACAAAAGCAGAAUAAGGUGUUCGGUCAUUUAUGAAGAAAACGUGCAUUCACAGCAAAAAAAAAAUUGUAAAUAACACAAAAAUAUAUUGAAAAAAUGAUUAAGUGAUUAAAAUAUAACAAUAGAAAUAAAUAAAAAUAUUUGCAUUACUUUUAAUUCAGCUUUAUAUAAAAAUCGUACAACUUUUCUGAAGAGUUGUGAAUAGAAAUUGUUUAACUGCCGCUGCCGUAAACAGCGCUAUAACGACUAAGCUUGCACAUUUUAAUUUGCCAACAACAAUAAAAUUAAUAAUUAUUAAAAAAAAAUUAAAUUAUUUGCAAUAUGUUGUAAAACAGUAGAAAUAACAAAUACAAAAAUAACAAAUUCUUUAGUUACUGUUAUACAGUAGAAACGGAGCAGCGGUUAAGGAAAUUAUUUGUGCUCCAACAAAAAAAAAUUGAUUGUUAUUGUCGUCAACUUGUCUAAGGCAAAAGGCACCAAGCAAGUAGCCAGUCCUUUCUUCUUAAAUUGCUGCUUAAUUACACAAAACAAAAACAACAACAACAAGAAACUACACAAAUAUAUUAUGAGUAUAUAAAUGCGGUUAAAUUGUAAAAAUUUUGCUUAUCUUUAAAAUAAUUCGCGUGUGUUCAUAAAUGCUUAAAUAUAAUAAAUAAUUUUGCAUUUCUUUUGCUUAAAAGUAUAAAAUAUAUUCACACAUAAUAUAAAAAAAAAAAUAAUUCAAAAAAAAAAAAAUAAGCCAUUUGUGUAUCGGUUUUCAAAUUUUAAGAAAUAUAUGUGCUUAUCGUCUAACUAAUAUUAUUUACAAAAAAAGUAAUUUAAUUCAAUCAAUCAAUCAUACUAAAUUUUGCAACUGCCAUACACGCUAAAAUCGAUAUUAUUUUCAAAUACCGUACAUUUUUCAACGGUAUCAUCUUUAAUUUUAUGGCAUUUUGUUGAAUGGCGGCAGUUGGUGGCCCCAAGAGGCAAAUCGUAAACGCCGCUGCCACAAAUCGUAAUCGUCAAUCAAAAAAUUCAACGUCCGCGCGUACAUCAAUGAGCGUUUCAAUGUCAUUAGUACAGGGUGGAGCUGCCGGUGGUGCACCACAAGGCGCUAUUUUGGCCGCUGCUGCACCAUAUUAUCAACCGCCAGCAGUGCCACAAGAUGUGCAACCAGAUCGUCCCAUCGGCUAUGGUGCUUUUGGAGUCGUAUGGUAAGUUGAGAGCUUUCUAUUAUAUAUA